AUGUACAGAUUAUUUAUUUUUACUUUAGAAUGGAGUGGAGCGACGGGUGGGCCUCCAGCAGAAGUCGUGUUAAGACUGCAUCCACCAUCGUCAACCUCGCGCGUGAACGGCUCACUGCCUGACAUUGAUGGUAGCGGGGUCGUAGUACGGGCCGAAGAAGCGUUGAUAGUUGCUUUCGUCCUACUCCUAUGGGUCGCAGCCAUAGCACUGUUCUUCAAUCGUUGGGGCAAGAUCAGAAUGCUGGAGCCGUAUCAGCCCAAGUUUCAGCAACAGCAUCGACAGAGCUGCGCCCUCGCUGAAAAUUCUGUGUCAGUUCCUCCUCACAACUCGGUCUUCGUAAGUAGCAUGGGCGGUAUGGCACUCAUACCUGAAAGUCCACCUCGACGCUCAAGAUCUGCUGCCGACCUUCCAGCACUUGUUCCACCAACAGACCAUAAUCACUCAACAUCCAGAUCCUCCAGAGCAGCGAGUCUUCACAGUGCAGUAGACUUAAGAGUAGCGCCUUCACCCAGAACAUCAAGAGCAGCAAGUUUACAUUCAGCGGUUGAUAUGCCUCCAGGAUCUGUACAAGUACAUGUGAGAGGGUCAGUUACAAACUUGAACAGGCCAAGAAGUCCUAGACGACUAACUAUAACUAAUGUUUAA